GGUGCCGGCGCUUUCCGGCCUGCCGCGCGGGCGCUGACGUGUCGAGGAGGCGGAGCCUAAGGGUGCAAAGUCUUAGGGCUCCUCUCGCUCGGACGCGGCAGCGGAGGCUCAGCUACCCCUGCAGUCAUGGCUGUGCGCCGCACCUCGGCACCGGCCGCUCCCGCCUCAGGUAGGCUGAGGGCUGGCCAGAGAGAUGGUGGUGCAGAUAAAGUACAGAAAAACAAGUCAGCACGGACAUCAGGGCUCAGACAGGGCAGCCGAACGGAGAAACUUUUAGGGUUUGAAUGGACAGAUUUAUCUAGCUGGCAGAGUGUCGUGACCCUGCUUAACCGACCAACGGACCCAGCAAACCUGGCUGUCUUUCGUUUUCUCUUUGCAUUCUUGAUGCUCCUGGACAUUCCCCAGGAACGGGGCCUUAGCUCCCUGGACCGAAAAUACUUGGAUGGGCUGGAUGUGUGCCGUUUCCCCUUGCUGGAUGCCUUACGCCCACUGCCACUUGACUGGAUGUAUCUUGUCUACACCAUCAUGUUUCUGGGGGCACUGGGCAUGAUGCUGGGCCUGUGCUACCGGCUGAGCUGUGUGUUAUUCCUGCUACCAUACUGGUAUGUGUUUCUCCUGGACAAGACCUCGUGGAACAACCACUCCUAUCUGUAUGGCUUGUUGGCCUUUCAGUUGACAUUCAUGGAUGCAAACCACUACUGGUCUGUGGAUGGCCUGCUGAAUGCUCGAAAGAAAAAUGCCCACGUGCCCCUCUGGAACUACACAGUCCUGCGAGGUCAGAUCUUCAUUGUAUAUUUCAUUGCGGGUGUGAAAAAGCUGGAUGCAGACUGGGUUGAGGGCUACUCCAUGGAACACUUGUCCCGGCACUGGCUCUUUAGUCCCUUCAAGCUGGUGUUGUCUGAGGAGCUGACGAGCCUGCUGGUGGUACACUGGUGCGGGCUUCUCCUUGACCUCUCAGCUGGCUUCCUGCUCUUUUUUGAUGCUUCAAGAUCCAUUGGCCUCUUUUUCGUGUCCUACUUUCACUGCAUGAAUUCGCAACUCUUCAGCAUAGGCAUGUUUCCCUACGUCAUGCUGGCCAGCAGCCUUCUCUUCUGCUCAACUGAAUGGCCUCGAAAGCUGGUAGCCCGAUGCUCCAAAAGGCUGCAAGAGCUGCUGCCUGCCAAAGCUGCUCCUCAGCCCAGUGCUUCCUGUGUGUAUAAGAGGGGCCGAGCCAAAGCCAGUCAGAAGCCAGGGCUGCGUCACCAGCUGGGAGCUGUCUUCACUCUGCUCUACCUUCUGGAGCAGCUCUUCCUGCCCUAUUCCCAUUUCCUCACCCAGGGUUACAACAACUGGACGAAUGGGCUCUACGGCUAUUCCUGGGACAUGAUGGUGCACUCUCGCUCCCACCAGCAUAUAAAGAUCACCUACCGUGAUGGCCUCACCGGCGAGCUGGGCUACCUUAACCCUGGGGUAUUCACACAGAGCCGGCGAUGGAAGGAUCAUGCAGACAUGCUGAAGCAAUAUGCCACUUGCCUGAGCCUCCUACUUCCCAAGUACAAUGUCACUGAGCCCCAGAUCUACUUUGAUAUUUGGGUCUCCAUCAAUGACCGCUUCCAGCAGAGGCUUUUUGACCCUCGUGUGGACAUCGUGCAGGCUGUCUGGUCCCCCUUCCAGCGCACACCGUGGGUGCAGCCACUCUUGAUGGACUUAUCUCCCUGGAGGACCAAGUUACAGGAUAUUAAGAGCAGUCUGGACAACCACACCGAGGUGGUCUUCAUUGCAGAUUUCCCCGGGCUUCACCUGGAGAAUUUUGUGAGUGAAGACCUGGGCAACACUAGCAUCCAGCUGCUGCAGGGAGAGGUCAUUGUGGAAUUGGUGGCAGAACAGAAAAACCAGACUCUUCAGGAAGGAGAAAAAAUGCAGUUGCCUGCUGGGGAGUACCAUAAAGUCUACACUGUAUCAUCUAGUCCUUCCUGCUACAUGUACAUCUAUGUCAACACUACUGAGGUUGCGCUGGAGCAAGACCUGGCAUAUCUGCAAGAAUUAAAGGAGAAGGUGGAGAAUGGAAGUGAAACAGCGCCCCUGCCUCCAGAACUUCAGCCUCUUUUGGAAGGGGAAGUAAAAGGGGGCCCUGAGCCAACACCUCUGGUCCAGACCUUUCUGAGGCGGCAGCGGAAGCUCCAAGAAAUAGAACGCCGGCGAAAUAGGCCUUUCCACGAGCGACUACUCCGCUUCUUGCUGCGAAAGUUGUACAUCUUUCGACGCAGCUUCCUGAUGACUCGAAUUUCACUCCGAAAUCUGCUAUUAGGCCGCCCUUCCCUAGAGCAGCUAGCCCAAGAGGUGACAUAUGCAAACUUGCGACCAUUUGAACAAGUUGAUGAGUCAAGUGCUUCAAAAACUGAUUCAUCAAAUCCUAAUCCCUCAGAACCAGAUUUUGAGCAUGUGCACUCUGAGUUCUGAGAAGUCCAGAUGUUCUGUACAGGUGUGGGGUGGUCUGUGCUUAUCAUCUAUGCAAAGGACAUUUUUUUUGGAGAAAAAUAAUCUAUUUUGAGACAGGCUUUCACAAUACAGCCCAAGUUGGCCUCAAACUCAUGGUAGUUCCUCUGCUUCAGCCUUGUGAUUACACGUACAUCACUAAACAUAGGUUUUUUUUUUUUUUCCUCCCUUUACAUUUUCUCCCCUUAUAUGUUAAAGAUGACAGGACCCGAGGCAACAGAGAAUUUGAAUCUCAAGAUUGAGGGCUUCUAGGAGCAAUAGGAACUAUCCUCUUAAAGGAUUAAUAGUUAACUUUGUUCUUGUUUUUUCAAUACAGGGUUUCUCUAACCUGUCUCUGCCUCCCAAGUGCUGGGAUUAAAGGCAUGGGACAUCACUGCCUGGCUUAUAAUAGUCAUUUUUAAGUUGACUGGCUCUUCAGGAAAAGAAACUUUACAACGAACAUAGCUGAACCCACGUGCUUGCUCUGUAUCUAAUACUGUUUAAAGCGGUGUACUUGAAUUAUCGUAUCUAGUACUUUGAGCAUUGGCCUUAUUUUCACUUUACCUUUGAAGAAAAGAAAUCAGAUAAAAUUUACCCAAAGGCAUCCAGGAGUGGGUCGACAAUUUUAACUGAAAUCUGUUGCCCUAUAACCCUGCUGCUUAUAAUUUUCAGAGCCAGACAGUAAAGCUAAAGUAGCAUAGCUUAAAACUCGUGUUAAUUCCAAGUGAUUAGGAUGAUCAAAUACUAAAUGCACAAAUUUUUAAUGUUUACAGUUCCUAUUUGUAGUCAGCAAGUUUUUUAGUGCCAUUCAGUGGCAACAGAAUAGCAGUACCAAAUAGGCUGUACCAGUACCAGAUGGCUCUAGUAUAAAUCACUUAGUGAAUGGUAUUUCCUUACAUUUGUCAAGCCUCAUGUCCAUCUUCUACUCAUCUUAUUUUUAUCUCUACUACCCCUUUAUUCCUUCACCCUUUAUACUGGAAUCUAGUUAGGGAUAAAGCAAGAGGACCACCACCUUUUAAAAAGUCCAGCUUAAUGCAUAAUUGCACAGUUAAUGGCCAUGCACAGGGAGCUCUCAUCAUUUCCUAACAGAAAAAAAAACACUAGUUAACAUUUUGUUAUCUUCCUUUAAAGUAACACUGUGAAAUACAACUUGGCACCAUAUCCUUUCCAAGGUCAGCAGUUUCCUUAACCUGUCAUCCUUGGCUAGUAGAGUACUUAAGCUUGUACAAGGACAUUGCUCCCAUGUUGACUUACUACUAUACUUUCCCAAGGAAAAUGUUGGAAUGAAUUAAGUGGAAACGAGAUCAUUACUUGUUAAGCUGCUUGGGCUAGAGAUGGAGCUGUUGAUAAAGGGCUAGUCUAUUGUGCACAAAGGCCUAGGUUUGGUCCUCACCACUGCCUAAGUGGGGGCUCUGGUGCACAUCUGUUGUCUAAGAGGCAAGAUCAGCUCAAGACCAGCCUGGGAAGGGAGACCCUAUCUGGUUGGAGAAAGUUGUAAUAGUAUUGCCCAAGAAGUUAGGUUAUACAACUAGUAUAAGCCUGAGUCCUAGCUUUGAACAUCCAGCCAAAUUACCCUAUUUCACUAUCUCUGGCAAAUACUUCAUGUUUGUUCUUAGACUUGCACUCCUGCUUCUACUUCUGUUCUCCCUGGCUUAAGCUUGUGUUUAUGCAUUUAAUAUUUUGGGUUUUUAAGACUUCUAGAGGGGGCAGGGAGAUCAUGAAGUUCCCAGAACCACCACCCCUUUUCAGGGUUUCUAUGCAGUUCUGAAUUCAGUAGUCUAGGCUGGCCUCACCUUCAAGAUCUGCCUGUCUCAGCCUCUCAGAGUGCUGGGAUUAAAGGCAUGUGCCACCACUGACUAGCUUGACACCACUUAACUUUCUUUCCCUUUUUUUAAAUUAAACUUUUAUUUAUAUUAGUUCAUUCACUUUGUAUCUCAGCUGUAGCCCCAUCCCAAUCCCACCCUCCCUCAUCUCCAAGUCCAUGGAUAGCCACUGAACUUUUAUCAGAUACCAUAGCAAGGUUUGUUUGCCAUAAACUACAAUUUUGGCAAAUUAAUUACUAAUUUAAUAAAUUUAAAAAGGCUAGCCUUUAACUCAACAAUCUACUUGCUUUGGCCACCUGAGUGCUUAUCUGGAAGAAAGGCACUUUAAAGCCCAUGGACAUGUAAGUGUUGAUUUCCAGGAGCUCACAUUGUUGACUAUGAAUAAACAUUAUAUGUCCUGACCUCCA